AUGAAGCGGUGGGGUCUGCUGCGACAGCUGGUUCUGUUGCCUGGGUCAGAUGCUACCUCCCGAGUUUGUCCCUCUUCAAACCCCAGACUGGCAGUCCUCUCUGUCCCUCAGGCCCUGCUCACCAUGCCCAUCACACCCACUGGGAACGACAUAGUCCCCCUGUAUCCUUACGGUGACAACAAUCACAACAUCGACAGUGUGAUUUACCGGUGGAACCCAGGGACCAAGGUGUUUGAGGUGAAUCAGACCCUCGAGACUCAUGGGGCCUACGACUGGGAGUUCUUUUCCGUGGGCCCAUACCACUUCCUGGUGGUGGCCAACACUUUCGAUGGAAACAAUCACAACAUCGACAGUGUGAUUUACCGGUGGAACCCAGGGACCAAGGUGUUUGAGGUGAAUCAGACCCUCGAGACUCAUGGGGCCUACGACUGGGAGUUCUUUUCCGUGGGCCCAUACCACUUCCUGGUGGUGGCCAACACUUUCGAUGGAAUAUCCACCAGCAUCAACUCCACCAUAUACAUCUGGCUGGGAGGAAUGUUCCAGCCAUUUCAAUACAUCAAGACGGUGGGAGCGACGGACUGGGAGAUGUUCCAGGUCAAGGAUCGGUACUUCCUGGCGGUGGCUAACGGCCAGAAACUGAACGAGAGAGGCCCUAGUCACUACAACAUCAACUCAACCAUCUACGAACUGAACGUGAUCACACAGACCUUCGUUAAGUUCCAGGACAUCGUCACAAACAGUGCGGUGGACUGGGAAUUCUUCUCGGUGGGUGAAGAGAAGUUCCUUGUUGUGGCCAAUUCUCACGAUGGAACCUCGUAUUCUUUAAACAGUGUUAUAUACAGGUGGCAGGGAUAUGAGGGAUUUGUCCCUAUCCACCGGCUCCCAACCAUCGGCUGUACGGACUGGGAAUAUUUCAAUACCACAGCAGGAUCCUUUCGUCUAUUCUAG